CAUCAUCAUCAUCACGGUUCUAGUUUCACUUCUGCUGCACAGCCUACUGAACUUCCGAUGCGUAGUCGAACUCGCUCUUGUGUAUCGAAAGUGCCAGUGUUUAGUUCUUCCGCACGAAAAUAAUCAAUACGAACAUCGUUUCACUAAUUUGACUCGUGUUCGUCAUGUGGGCCCGACUUCGGACAGCAUUGACGUCCGGCUGCUCAAGUAGGAACUUGACGCUAACAAGGCUCAGAUGCACUGCAACAGCAAGUUCUGCAGGGUCACGCCAGUCUACGGUCUUUGAAGAAAACCGCAGUAAAUUCGACGCACUUGUACAUCAGUGGUGGGACCCGGAAGGCGAAUUCUCUGCUUUGGCGAGAAUGAACGCAUUGCGCAUUCCUUUGAUUAGAGAUGGUCUCUUGCAAACUGGAAGGUCGGCUGUGACACCGUCCGCUACAUCGAGAACAAAACCGCUGCUGGGUCUGAAAAUUCUCGAUGUUGGAUGUGGUGGCGGCUUGCUUUCUGAGCCACUUGCCAGGCUAGGUGCUACAGUGACUGGAAUUGAUCCUACACCUGGAAGCAUUGAUGUUGCAAGAACACAUGCAGACCGAGAUCCUGAAAUUAAGAACAACAUAUCUUACGAGGCAACUGAAAUUGGCGCUCUACUACAACGUGGCGUAAAAUAUGAUGCAGUGGUAGCCAGCGAAGUUGUUGAACAUGUUCAGAAUUACUCAAGCUUCAUCAAGUCCUGUGUCGAGCUGACAGAGGAUGGCGGUUCCCUCUUCUUCACAACAAUCAACCGUACAGUUCCAUCAUAUUUAAUAGCCAAGAUUGCUGCUGAAUACGUAUUUCGCAUUGUGCCACCUGGUCUCCAUGACUGGAACAUGUUUGUGCCACCAGAGCAGAUGGAGGAAGCCCUAGAAUCAAGUGGCUGCUACGUCCGGCUUGUCCAUGGCACCAUGUACAACCCGCUCACUCGCGCGUGGAGCUGGGUGGACUGCACGAGCUUGACUUACGCGCUUCAUGCCGUGAAGGACAAGGUGUGAAGACGCGUCACACCAGCCGCUGAUACGAAAAAUGCGAAAAUGCGGCACGCACGCAGUCAUGUUCUACAAAAUAAAUGUCUAUACGUUUUC